AUGGGGCCAAGUGGUCACUUAUGGCAUGUAAAAUUGUGCUGUACUGGUGCAUCUGCAUCUUUUAGAGAUGGAUGGCAAGAUUUUGUUUCUGACAAUCAUAUAAAAGCAAGAGACAUUCUUGUUUUCAGGCAUGUCAGGGAUAUGUAUUUUGUGGUGCAAGUAUUUGGUGCAAUUCAACGUGAACAUGAACAGAAUGAUACAUUGUGUGAUCCUAAAGAAGAAAUCCUCUCGGGAAUUUGCAGUCAAAACAAGGAAAUCGCCUCAGCAGAUUCUUCCACUCCCACGUCAGGUGCAGUUCCAAAUGUUGCAUCUUGCUCAUUUAUGAGGGCUAAUUCAGUGUUACAGACCAUUCCAAAAGAUUUUGGAGACCGCUGGUUACCAAAUAAGAAGGUAGAAUUAGUAUUCGUGCAUCACAAGAAUCCUGGAGAAUGGCGGCAUGUGCUUGGAAUAUAUAGGGGUGGAAGGCAAUAUGGAAUAAAAUGGCAAAGAUUUGUCAUUGAUAAUAAGCUGCAUAAAGGAGACAAAUGUGUUCUUAAGUUGAUAAACACAGUCAAGCACAUUUUCAUGAUCUAUGUUAAUAAGAAAAUUGUCUCAGCAGAUUCUUCCACAUCGGCUGCAGGUCCAAAUGUUGCAUCUGGCUCAUUUAUGAGGGAUAAUUCAGAGGCCGUUGCAGUUCUCAAUCCUGUGAAAAGGGCGGAACCAAUGUUUUCAGUGACCUUAAGCAAGAGUGCAACAUCCAAUUCUUUUUACCUUACCAUUCCAAAAGGUUUUGGAGACCGUUGGUUACCAAAUAAGAAGGUAGAAUUAAUCUUUGUGCAUCACAAGAAUCCUGGAGAAUGGCGGCAUAUGCUUGAUAUAUUCAGGGGUGGAAGGGAAUAUGGAGUAUAUUGGAAAAGUUUUGUCAUCGACAAUAAGCUGCAUAAAGGAGACAACUGUGUUUUUAAGAUGAUAAACGGAGUGAAACACAUUUUCAUGAUCUUUGUUGUUAACAGAGUUGGUGAGUAG